CGGAGGGUCGGGAGGGGCUGGAUACGCGAGACGACUAUAUCUUUUUUGCCUGCAGUCUCUACAGUCAAAGACGAAGUUGUACACAAACGCUUCCCUUGCUCAGUCUUGAUUCAGUGCUUGUAACUACGAUGGAACCUAAAGAGGAAAGCAAAGAAAGGGUGGAUUUGAUGAUGGAUAAACUGCAUGCUUAUCUAGAAAAAAAUUUUGUUGCUCUUAUUGGCCGAACAGUAGAAAUUUCAAUAGAUGAAUUGGAAAAUCCUCAAUUUGUACCUGCACCUGGUCCUAAUCCGCCAACCUAUAAAGUUCCUGCAACUCUUGCUGGGUUUUGGAUUAAUGAUUUGCGUUCACAGAUGUACAUACAUUCAGCAAGCUUUUCAGAAGGGCAUAUUAUUGGAAAGUAUUACAGCCCUGUUGGAAAAGCUGGAUUCAAACUAUAUGAUUUGAAUGGCUCGUAUGAUACAAAUGGUGAUGAAAAGAAGGGUACUUUGGGCUGGACAGUUCAAUGGCUUAAAACUGAAAAUAACUCCAAUACAUCUUGGUCUGGGCAGCGGUAUGAAAAAGAGGGAGAUUUUUUCAUCUACACCACGUGGAUUUUGGUUGCACAGAAAGACCUAAGUGAUAGUUGGGGUUCCACUCGCAUUGGGAUGGACAAGUUCCGCAAAGUCUGCUGAUUCAUGGGUUUGCUAAGCAACCAUCAGUAGUUUUUGAAGUAGAUAUUAUGUGCUGUUUAUAUGCUGCUAUAACUUCAAAUUUUCAUUAGUAUUAUUAAGGACUUUGUGCUGCUAACAUUAUAGUUUUGUUAUUGCUACUAUAUAUAAUUUAAUGAUUAUUAGUAAGUAUGAUUAUUAUGCUGACAUUAAGCUUUGUGUAUCUAAAUAAAAUUUAUUAAAAACAA